GGUUGUGCAGAGCUUCUGUUAUAGCUAUUUGCUCUGUGUGGAAAUCACCGCCACCGUGGAAGAAAACGGCAGCUCAUGGCACCAGGCCUACACAAACUCGGGCUCCAGCCCCCUUCCAGCACCACCUGAACACUUGUGCAAGGCCUGCGGAGGCCAGUUUGACACUGUAAGAACGCAUGUCUGCGGGGACUGCAAGAACAGCUUCUGCGGCCGCUGCUCGGUGCAGGCUGAUCUCCAUCCACGGAUGUGCUUCACCUGUCAGCGGCUUCACUGCACCUUCUUUGAGCGGGCAGACUUGAUGAGGCUGAAGGUGAAGGACCUGCGGGACUAUCUCCAUCUGCACCAAACCCCCACGCAGAUGUGCAGAGAGAAGGAGGAGCUGGUGGAGCUGGUGCUGGAUCAACAGUCCCCCAGAGGCAGCAGCGGUGGUGGCGCACAGUCCCGCUCACAGUCGUCACAGCCUCCUCUAGCUGAAUCUGAAGCCCUCACAGAGGAAGAGGAUGAAGACGAGGAGGAAGAGGAGGAUGAAGAGGAGGAGGAGGAAGAGGAAGAGGAGGAGGUAGAAGGAGGAGAUGGAACUGUAGAUGCAGAAGGAGAAGAAGAGGGUGAGGAAGAGGAUGAAGAUGAUGAGGAAGAGUCGACAGACAGUGAGGAGACGCUGGUGCACAGCAGAAGAGCCUCUCUGUCGGACCUGAGCAGCGUGGAGGACAUCGAAGGCCUCAGUGUGCGGCAGCUCAAGGAGAUCCUGGCGCGCAACUUUGUGAACUAUCAAGGCUGCUGUGAGAAAUGGGAACUAAUGGAGAAGGUCACCCACCUCUUUAAUGAUCAGAAAGACCUUCACAACUUGGUUUCAAAUACAAAUACAGAAGCAGCUGAUCCUGCGGAGCCCAGUGGACAGGAGGAGAACCUGUGUAAGAUCUGCAUGGACUCUCCCAUUGACUGUGUGUUGCUGGAGUGUGGACACAUGGUCACAUGCAGCAAGUGUGGAAAACGAAUGAACGAGUGUCCCAUCUGCCGACAGUACGUGGUUCGAGCCGUGCAUGUCUUCAGAUCGUGAAAUUUCUGUGCAAAGACACAGAUUGCCCCCUGCAGGUUGUUUUUUUUUUAUUAAGUUCCAUUUUGCCUCUUUGUUUAUCAGUUUACAUGAUUAAAUGCACUUUUGGUUUUUUAUUGUUGUAAUGGUGCGGCUUAGGAGUUGUUUACACUUUUGUUUUAGCUUUGUUUUUCAUAAUUUCCAUAAUAAUUUUCAUUUCAUUUCAUGGCUUGGUCAUAUAUAUGAGCAAACAAUGUUUAAAGUUGUAUUAAAGACAUAUGUUCAUCAGAAGUUUACACAAAAAUGAAACCUUCCUGAUUAUUUACUUACUGUUUUAAUCUUUUGGCCUGCAUCCUGUGUGACCUUCCCAACAUACAUUUCAUGAGUAAGGUUGUUGCUUUUUUACAUAUUUCAUAGCCUGUGCCGAAUUGAUACUCUUAAAAUGGUACCGUGCCUAAGCUUGCCUGAACAAUACUUAAAAUAAGAGACAUUAAAGGGGCCCUUUUAUGCGCCUUUUUACAAGAUUCAAAAUAACUCUCUGAUGUCCCUUUAGUAUGUAUGUGAGGUAUCAGCUCAAAAUACCCCACAAAUAAUUUUUUAUAACUCUUUGAAACUGCCCCUUUUAAUCUUUGAUUUAAAUUGUGCCGUUUCAGUGACUGUUGCUUUAAAUGCAAAUGAGAUUGUGCUACCAGCCUUAUUUUAAAAAAAGGGCGGAGCUACAAACGCUUAUGCUGUAGCAUAGUGGUGGAUUUAAAAACAGGAAGAAUGUUAUCUCUGUCAAAAACUGAAAAUAUAAUAUAAUGAAAAAAGUGGCUCAAAAAAAUGCAGUCUUUGGAGACUACAGUGCUCAUUUGGGCAUUUUAAAACUUGAAUGGCUGAUGGCUGCUUCUCACUCAGGGCUAUUUAUGCUAAUGAGGGAGAGAUCAUCACUAAUGGGCAGGGCUUUCCCCCUCCGAUGACAUGUACAAAGGGAGAAUGUCAAUCAAAGUGUUUCUGCAGGCAGUUUUUAUGAAGUGUGAUUAUAAAAACAUAAUUAAUUACUUUUUGCCAUUGGAGGCUGGCUAUAUUCACACACUUCUGCCACACAACUGUUAUGUUUAACAACAAUAUGUUACAACUUUGUAGUAUAAAUGAAUAUAAAUACAAUACGCAACAAAUUUACAUAAAACAAUCAGCCACAUAACACUACUACAAUCAUUUAAUACACAAUAACAGAAACAGUACUAAUGACGGCACACUAGUCUGUUUUCUACGAACCAUCUUCAAAUUCUAGCAAUUAUUUGUCCGAAAUAUACCCAUAUUUGCAUUCUCUAACAAAACCCAUGACAUCUCUCCUCACUAAUGCAAUGUUCUGACCUAUUGUGAGAUGUUUCAAACACAAAACCACAAACAACAGCCUGAUGCAGUGCUGACAUCUUGUGGACAAACUUAGCAAUGCAAAAACGAUUCAGAGCACGUGCGAGCUGCUCAUACAUCAAAUGCACGGUUAGAACAAAUGAGUUGUGCACAUGCAGUAAGCAGGAUUAAUAACAUAUUAAAGUUAUAUUACUUAUGCUUAAUGAUUUAAAAUGUAGCUUAUUGGUUUCUUCAGUCAAUAGCCCAGUCAUUUAAAUGACUUAAAGCACCAAAAUCUAAUCUGCGUUCUGAUAUAUUUAUAUUGGCACCAGAUUUCAGUAUCCAACCGUACUUGUGAAAUGUCAUAACUUAAACUGGACUGCAAAGCUCAACCAAUGUGCAUUUAUAGUUUCCGUGACUGUGAGAAAAUAAUCAGGAAUCUGUUUUAUUUUUGGGUGAGCAUUUCUUUAUGAGGCCCAAAUAGUAUAUCUAUGUAUGUUAACAACACAGUAUUUAACAGAGUGGAAUAAACUUGGAAAUUUCCAGGAUGUGAAAA